AUGGAUAAGUUAUUGGAAUAUUUGCAUUAGAAUAAGCAAAUAUGUUAAAAUUACAAUUAGCAAAACGAGUUUAGGAACAAAUUCAAGUAGUUGGUGGAGGAUGGCAAAAAUUAUCAAAGUGAAUAGACAGAAGAUGACAUGAGUGAAUUCGAUUUCUAUUUGCAGAAUCCAAUCGACAGAAAACGUCAUGGAUCUUUCAGAGUAUUCAACCCUUUGGUGUUUUUAGCGAGGGAGAUUAGAAAACAUGAAUAAAUUUGA